AUGUCAGGAUGGGAGACUAUUAAAGAGGAACUUAAUUUACAAGCCCCACCCCCCAAUGACAAGACUCCAGCUCUUAUUGAUAGUAAGACACUUCCCCUAAUGGAGGAUGAAGAUGGAAAUCAUUUUAUUCGGUUUUACUGGUUGGAUGCUUAUGAAGAUAGUUUUCGUCAACCUGGUAUUGUUUAUCUCUUUGGUAAAAUAUGGAUUGAAGAUGCUCGUGCUUACAUCAGCAAUCGCUGUCCUCCUGAUCGACACAUGCCAGCUCGACUACAAGAACACUUGGAUAAGAAAGGUCUCAAACUAGAGAUCACUUCCUCAGAACGAGGAUUGUUAGCUUAUUUUCUUGCAAAAUUAGCUAAAACAGAUCCUGAUAUUAUUAUCGGACAUAAUUUAACAACUCAAUGGUUAGACACUUUACAGCACAGAAUGUUUUCAGUAAAAGUUCCAUCAUGGUCAAGAAUUGGACGAUUAAAAAGACAGAAUAUGCCCAAGGUAUUAGGUAGAGGAACAGUUUAUAGUUUGUGUUGUGGUAGACUAGUGUGUGAUGUCAAACUGUCAGCAAAGGAGUUAAUUCGUUCUCGUAGUUAUGAUCUCUCUGAGCUGGCUAGCUCAGUCUUAAAAAUGCACUAUAAACCAAUGGAAAAUGAAGAUAUAUCAGCUGCAUUUGGGAGUAUUGAUAGUCUAAGUAUGAUGAUAAAACAUACGAUGGAAGAAGCCUUUCUUUCACUUAAACUUACUCAUGAGUUGAGUGUAUUGCCAUUAGCUUAUCAAAUAACUUGUAUAGCUGGUAAUACAAUGAGUCGUACUCUACUGGGAGGUCGAUCUGAACGCAAUGAGUAUCUUUUGUUACAUGCCUUUACACAACAAGGAUAUAUCCCUCCUGAUAAACAAGAGAGUGCAAGACGAACUCAAGUACCUACUGAAGGAGAUGAAGAGGGCGGAGUCAGUACUACUAGCCGACGUCAUAAACCUGCCUAUGUUGGUGGACUUGUCUUGGAUCCUAAAGUUGGAUUCUAUGAUAGGCUCAUUUUAUUGUUAGACUUCAAUUCUCUUUAUCCUACCAUCAUACAAGAAACAAUAUCUGUUUUACAACAAUUGACCACGCCCAUUGUGUUUCUGAUGAAGACUUUUGCUGCCUUGGCACCACCUGGAGACACCCAACCACAAGGUAUAUCAAUAAACCACACCCACUUAAUUAAAAAUAUAUUAGGUAUAUUGCCAUCUGAGAUAAGAGUAUUGGUUGAACGUCGUCGUCAAGUAAAGCAGCUAAUGAAAGGGGCUACCUCAAAAGAUACGAUACAGCAAUAUGACAUAAGACAAACAUUAAAAUUAACUGCUAACAGUAUGUAUGGCUGUCUAGGAUUCUCACAUUCCAGAUUUCAUGCUAAGCCUUUAGCAGCUUUAGUUACUAGCAAAGGAAGACAGAUACUUGAACAGACGAGAGAUUUGGCAACUAAAUUGGGUCUAGAUGUUAUUUAUGGUGAUACUGAUUCUAUUAUGAUAGACAGUGGGACUAGAGAUUUAAAAAAGGCAGAAUCUUUAGCUCAUCAAGUUAAAUCCGGUAAUAAAUUAUAUCGUCUAUUAGAAAUUGAUAUCGAUGGGAUUUUUAAAUGCAUGCUAUUGCUGAAGAAAAAAAAAUAUGCUGCCAUUUCUAUACACAAACACGAUAAUGAGUUGAUAGAAAAACGAGAAUUAAAGGGUAUAGAUAUUGUUAGGAGAGAUUGGUCAGAUCUGGCUAAGAGAGCUGGGCA